GCCUGUGUGCCCGGCCCCAGGACUCUAGUUCCCCCGCGGGGAGUGGAAGAGCACCUGGCUGAGAGCCGCCGGGCCCUCGGAGGCGAUAGGGAAAGUGUAGAGCAGUCCGGAGAGCGGCUUUGAGAAGAAAAGCGCUGUCUCAGAUUAGUGCUUAUGUCUUCCCCUGAAAUUGCUUCCCUCUCAUGGGGGCACAUGAAAGUACAAGGCUCUACCAUAACCUAUAAGGAUUGCAAAGUAUGGCCAGGAGGAAGUCGCACUUGGGACUGGAGAGAAACUGGAACUGAGCAUUCUCCUGGUGUGCAGCCUGCAGAUGUAAAAGAGGUGGUGGAAAAGGGUGUACAGACCCUUGUGAUUGGCCGAGGGAUGAAUGAAGCCUUGAAGGUGCCUCCAUCCACUGUGGAGUACAUCAAGAAACAAGGCAUUGACGUGCGGGUCCUCCAGACAGAGCAGGCAGUGAAGGAGUAUAAUGCCUUGGUUGCACAAGGGGUCAGGGUGGGAGGCGUCUUCCAUUCCACUUGCUAAUGUAGUCGUAAGAGUAAAAUAAAUCACUCAG